GGACGCGGGCUGCGGGAAGACACCGGGCGUAGCGGGGACGGUUACUUAAGUACCUGGGUUGCUCACUAGAUAGGAGAUCGCGUUUCAGAAAAAGCCUAUUUUGAAAAAUCUGCGGUUGCUUUCAGAGACGAUCAGUGGAAUAAUGAAUGGCCCCUGGGGCCCGGAAUGACAGCUGGGAGCAAUCUAAAUGACACAGCAUUUUGUAGGCAACAUCGCAAAAAACCGUUCCUAAGACAAACAGCUUCCCCCUGCAGAAGAGACCGAGCGACCAGCAGACAUUCUUGUCUUGCCUUCCAUGACAUUUCUCCUCAGGCACCAACACAUUUUCUAGUGAUACCUAAGAAGCAUAUUGCCCAGAUUUCUGUAGCAGAAGAAGAUGAUGAAAGUCUUCUUGGACAUUUAAUGAUUGUUGGCAAGAAAUGUGCUGCUGACCUGGGCCUGAACAGGGGUUACCGAAUGGUGGUGAAUGAAGGUGCAGAUGGGGGACAGUCCGUCUAUCACGUUCACCUCCAUGUUCUUGGAGGUCGGCAGAUGCACUGGCCUCCUGGUUAAGCAUGCUCUGGGGAUAAUUUUCCCUUCUUUAGCCAAUGAUUAAUUUUGCAUGUUCUAGUAUGAUGAACGGCACACUUACUUUUGCCUGUGUAAGAAGAGAUUAAAGAAAUUAUUAAAUCCUAUAGGUAAUAAAAGACAUCAUGGCAUAGUU